AUGGUGGAUAUCGAGCCAGAUGAGCUGAUAUUUCGAGGUGUCGCGCUCGGCUCUCCGCACAAAAUGAAAGCCUCUCUCCGUGUCUUCAAUCCAUCAACGAGCACAAUUUUCUAUCGGGUUUGCUCCACGCAUUCUGUUUACUAUUCGCUUCACGUCAGCCCGAUCUCAGGAAAAUUACUGCCAAAUCAAUCCGUGGAGAUCUCUUUCAUUCUUCCGUCGAUUGCAUCCGUUCGACAUUCGGCUCAACCAUUGCAUUUCGUUUUGCAAAGCACCACAGCCGCCUCAAACUCAGAUAUGAGAACAUUUUGGAAGUACGUCGACCUUCUUGAUGUCAUUGAGAUGCCAAUUCGAGUCAGAAUUCUUCCAUUUGAGGAAGAUUUAUGGACUUUCCACGAUACUGAGGCAUCGUCAAGUGAAGACGAGCAAGUUUGCAAAAGGAAAGCAAAAGAAAAGGAGAAAUUGCAAGAGAAAAAGGAAAAUUUAGAGAAACAGGAAAACACCGCGGAUUUGAAGAAAACCUCAUUCUUUUUGGACGAAUCUCGAAAUGACGUCAUUAUUCGUCUUAUCAGCGAGAAUCGAUCUUUGAGAGGAAGAGUCGUCUCAUUGGAAAAAGCCGUCGAAUAUUAUGAUGAGGUGACGAGACGACACACGGAGUUGGUCGAAGAUAAUUCGAGACUAAGAAGUCGAUUGGAGAAACUGGAGCUGCAACAAGUCCCCUUCAACUGUUGCGUGUGUCUCGAAGACAAGCCGAACACAAUCGUCUACCCGUGUCGCCACAUUGUGAUGUGCUCAAAAUGUGCGGCGAGUUCUGGUUCGAAAUGCCCAAUGUGCAGAACAACAGUCACACAAAAGGCUUUAGUCUAUUUU